GAUGUGGAGAGUGGGAUAAUGUUUUGGUUCCCUCUCACUGCUGAGCUCUCACGUGCUGCAACCCUGACUCAUUCCAGAUGUGUGUGAGGGGGGGGGAAGAAAUAUCUGCUACAGUCAUAAGUCAAACUACAAGCAGCUGAGAGAUCACAGAACUAGACUACUGAGAGACCCAGGAGCUGCAGCAAGAGGAGCAGGUUCUUAUUCCAAGGGAACGCCGAGAGCCCACACUCAGCCCAGGCACCAGACGGCGGUAUAAUGUACCUACAGUCCUGCGUCCUACUGCUGCUCUACAACUGUGUGGAGGCCAAUUUCACCAGCAAGUGGCAGAGAGUGGUGUUUUUUCCGUCUGCCCACCGUGUGCGUCGCUCCGCGGCCGAGUUCCUGGACCCCGUGCUGCAGAAGUCUCUGCCUGAGGUGGAGCUGCUCUAUGAGUUUCUGUCAACUGGGGUCCACAUCGACCAGGACAACAGGCUGGCUCUCCUUGACCCCGAGUUGUCCUCUCUGAGAAAAGCCACCGCCUUUGACGUUGUUUGCAACGACGUGAUCCCCAAGUCCAUCUCGGACAUUCGGAGGCUGAAAGAUAAACUGUCCUACCUUCAGGGUCCCCUGAAGAAAGAAGACUUUGAGAGGACGCUUUUGACCAUGGCCUAUGCAGCCUUGAAGACAUCAAAGUCAGACGACGACAACCAGCAGAAGGUCUGGAUGGACGCUGCCACUGAGCUCUUUUUUGCACUGAGAAAAGACUUGAUGUUCCCGAAUAACAGAGAGGGAAAACACUGAUCCAAGACCUUGAAGACCCCUUGUCUAAUGAUGCAUGUUAUGAUACAGUUGCUAUAUAUAUCGGAGAAUAUAAUUUAUUUUACUUAAUGGAAUGCGGAGAUGUAACAAGCCCUUUCAGUUUUGUGGUGGUGGUGGGGGGUGACAGAACACCUUCUUCCCACCAAGCCUCUUAUUCCCACCAUUCUGCCCGACAGUGGUCACUUCCACCCCAACCUUUCAUCCAAUUCAAAUCAUUGCAUUCUGGGAGCCACAAUCCCAUUUCUGCCUCUUCUAACAGUAGGGGGACUCCUGCGCCUACCUGAAUCCUAUGCAGUAUACUGCUCAACAUCACAGCUCCUCCCACCUGCCGGUGCUACUUUCUGAGGUUUCUCAUUAAAGAUCUGUAUAUUUUAUAUUUAUGUGUAAACACAGCUAUAAGGAUGGUAUCAUGGUUAUGUACUGUAUGUUUCUGGUUACAAUUUUGCACAAGUUACAUUUUUCUUAUUGGUUUAUACUUAUAAAGAUUCAUCAUUUUCGAA